AUUAGAUGUCCUCCCAGGAAGAAUUAUCAUGUUCCCGAGACAUUCCGAGCUGAGACAUCUUGUUCCGGCCCAGAGAGUCCAGACGGCGACUUCAGAUAUGUGCUCAUCGUCCAUCAGGCCCCGGUAUCUUGCGCAUAUCUGUGUCCGAGCAGUUCGCACCUUCUCCUCUACUUCUCUUUCGUUUUUGGAGGGCUGCAACUCGGAGAAACAACUGACUGUACCCGGGAGUGCGGAAUCGCCGGCCCGGAAAAGAAGGUAGCAGCUGAAUACCGAAAGACUUCUGACCUAGGUAUCACAAUGGAACGUGCCCGCAAUGGUCCCCUCGAUUGGCUCGCCCGAUGGAUCCUUACACAGGAGAAAGCUGUUAAGCUUGAGAGCAGGUGCCAGGAGCUCGUGAGCAAGAGGAAGAUAUACCGUGCCUAUCGUAUCUCCGAUGGACCGAAUGAGUUGAUGGUGCUCUUUCAACCCUGCGGCGUAUCAGAUCCAACGGAUCCCCAUUUACUAGCCCGUCCUCUAGUGACGUCAACAGUAGGGCAACCCAAAGGAAAACCCAUCGGCAUCUUCAAUAUUGAAACUGAUAAUCUCCGCACACUCGAACGACGAGGUGCUUUGAAGGUUGCGAAAUGGCCCAUGUCCUGA